AAUUUUUUUUAUAGUUUCAACAAUUGAUUGGGUUUACCCAGAAAUGUCUAUUGGUAUCCCAGACCCAGACUAUUGGUAUCGAAUUGCAAUGGGAAGAUUCCAAUAAAUAGUGGGAACGAGCCAAAAAUAUGUUUUAACAUUAUAAUUGUUUUGUUUGUUUGAUUUAUCUUUUUAUGUGGUGUGUUUGCUCGUGUAAUCCUGCGAUACCCUCCAGAACAGGAUGAGCCAAGCAGCUGAAGGGAGUGAUUCCGGUAACGGUGUACAAUCGUCACCGAUGGUCAGUAGAGUGGCCGAGUCCAGCGCAACCCCUUGGCGUCCGAUGACGUUUCCGGACUUGCGUGGGUUCCCCGCCGGACAGCAGCUGUACGGUUUGCCGGUUCCGAUCGAUUUGAGCUUCCUACGCUCACCUGUCAGUAGUGAUGAGGGGGCAUCGGGACAGCCGUGGCAGCAGCAGCAGCAUGCCGACUUACCGUCCCAGGUAAUUACACCUCGGGAGGACGAGCUGGUGGAAGCCGAUGUCAGUGGUGCUCCAGUGGCUCCAAUGAGAAUUAAAUCCGCUGGGCUGGUCCCGAGAGCUAGUGGCGCCGUAGCGGUAGUGGAACCGUAUCAACACGAGACCGGGUCUGAUGAUGAAGCAAACGAACAAGACUCGUCGGAAUUGGACGACGUUAUGAUUCCCGCAUGUCCAACUGCUAUUAGCGCACCGAUAUUUUUGCAACCCGAAAAUGAGGAAGCAAAUAUGACAGCAUUCAAUGGUGCUGCAUCGAUUGCUAACCCGUGCUGGCCACCGCUGCAUGAGCAUACGGAACAGCCCGACCAGCAACUAUCCGUCGAUGUUCCAAUCAUAGUUAAACUAAUCGGUAGAGCAGGAUCGUACGGUUCACUGUACGCGAUUUGGUACGCUCAAUUGGGAAGCCACGAUAUCAUGGAGCGUAUCCCGGAUUGCGUCAUAUUUGCCCCAGAGCUGCCACCGGAUCACCAGGGACCCCCACCGAUACUUACAUCGCUUUUGCUGCAACGCAGAAUGUCGACUGGCGAGCUGGUGACGGUUCCGUAUGGCCCGAAGCAGAUGCCUGGCCAUUCGAUUGAAUAGGAUGUGCCCACGAAAACGGUGCAGCUAUCGGUAAACCAAACCUACCCUUGUUUGUACCCUUAUUGGAGAAAGUGGACCAAUUUUGAGGAUUAAUUUUACUUUAAUACAAUGUAUUUUGGUAAAAAAUCAUUUAAACGUUAAACAUUUGUAUGACUACAUUUUGUACUAAUAUUUGAAGUCAAUAAAGAAAACAAUAUUUUUGAAGAGUUCAUACCGCAUAACAAAGACAUGAUAUAUGUUUCCUUUAUUCCUUCGGCAUACUCUCCCUAAAUGGUCGACUGUUUGCAUUAAACCAC